AUGGCGUCCACCACAGAGCAGCAAUUCACAGCCCUCAUGAGAAGCGCCCGCUUCAAGGACCACCUCUUCCCUCACCUGUCGACGUCGGACCUGUGCGCCAUGCGGUCCGUCUCGUCAGCCUUCUGCAACCUCGUCACCAAGGACCUCUUCACACGCAUCCAUGUCUCGUUCUCAGCCACCACCUUCACUAAGCAGCCGCGGCUAGACGCCCUGUCGCGCGUCGGCCACCACGUCGAACAUUUGACCUUUCACCUUCCGCACACCGAGGCCACGUUCCUGCCGCCGCUGAUCCACCCGGAGUCUGGAAAGGAGAUAUCCUUCUUGUACAGCCCGCACACAAGCAUGGGGUCGGUGCUCACCAGGCGCAAGUACGCCAAUCCGGAGCUGGGCGACAUCCUCACGCAGCAGUACCCGCCGAUGUUCCAUGCCGCCACCAAUGUGCCCAGCUUCAUCGCCGCCUUCAAGUGUCUCCCCAACCUCCGGCACGUCACCGUCCGCUGCCCCGGCCAGCAUCCCAGCGAGAGGUACCGCCGGGACAGCGUCGACUACGCCCUCAUCAGCCUGCGUAUCGCCAUGGAGCGCGCACCCCUCGAGAAGCUCGUCAAGCUGUCCCUCUCCGACAUCCACCCGGCUGCCUUCCUCUACCUGCGCCAUGUUGCAGGGUUCGGCUGCGUGCCGUCGGCUGCCCGCCGCUGGAGGCAGAUCCGCAAGCUGCACGUCUCGGUCGAGGCGUGGGACUUCCAGGGCCCCUCCCCGGGACCGGACCACCUCAAGGUCAUGGAUGAGUACAUCCGCAACCUGUCCCCGCACCUGGAGAAGCUGAGCUUCACCUGGCUCUCGCGCAAGGGGCCCUGCCCGCUCUCGCUGGCCGCUGAUCCCAUGUUCGCGCCAUCCCAGGCGUCCCGCAAGCUCUUCCACGAGGUCACGUCGCCCAUGUCCCCGCUGCCCAGCACGCCGCCGCGCGCGCCGAUGAAUUUCCCCAAGCUUCGGUACCUGCAGCUGCGCAACGUCUCGAUGAACGCCCCGCAGCUGAAGGACGUCAUAGCCUCGCACAAAGAUACGGUCAAGGAAUUUGACCUCGAGAGCGUGGCCCUCGCCAACACCCGCGACUGGGACGAGGCCCUGUCCCCGCUGGACAGGGACGAGGCCUGGUGGAGGAGCAGCCUCACUGCAUCGUCCGAGUACAGCCUCGUCACCAACGACAGCGACGACGACAUCUACACCCCCAGCGCUGCCGUCGAGGCUGCCAGUCGAGAACUACUCGACGUAGAGCUGGCUGGCGCGUCUGUCAUUCUAGACGAUCUCAGGGCGGCAGAGGACGGCGAUGAGGAUCUGUCGACUGUCGCCAAGAAUGAGAAAACCAUGAGUUUCACCACAAACCUCAAGAGGAGGAGGGUCCGUCGUCGCCGCAGAAGACACCACAGCGGAGACCAAGACGAGCAGGACGCCAGCAGUCGACGCUUCUGCGACGACCCGAGACCGAUGACACCUUCCCCGCUGCGCACCAAGAAGAGCCCUCACAAGGCCUCGUCCUCCUCACCGAUCAGGUCAGACCCCCGACCGACGACGCCGCCUUCCCCCCUCCAGUGCGCCGUCUCAGCCCCCAUGCUCAACCCGGAGCCGCACCCGGUCCUCCUCCAGCCGACAGUCUACGACGCGUCCACGCGGCACCGCGCCGCCCCACCACAUGAGGAUAUCUCGGCCGUCCAGCGCAACAUUGAGCAGGAGGAGGCUCACCGGCGUCUAGCCGAGGAUACCGACGCCCGUGUAUCCGCGCUGCGCAAGGCCAAGGCCGCAGUUCUCAACAAGCUCAGCCGCGAGUAUGGAGGCACCGGCAACACGAGCUGCGGAAGCAGCACCAGGAGCAGCGGCAGAAGCGGCAGCACCCGCCACGGAAGUAGGAGGGGUCAUCAAGGUGGCGGCGGCGGCGGCGGACAGAGUGUCGCCAGCAACAGUGGGUUCGCCGGCCGAACGGCUGAUGCGGUGGCGGCAUGCCGGCUCAUGGCUAGCAGGGACUUUGGCCGGUGUGCCGGCAUAGACGUGGUGGAGGAUAGGAGGACGCUGGAGAGCCGGAGCGUUCUUGUACCGCUCAUGUUCAGCCGAGCUUAG